AUGGCCUGGGAUGCCGGCUACGAGUUCGACAUUUGCUUCACCUCGGUACAGAAACGAGCCAUCCGUACCCUCUGGACUGUCCUGGAUGCCAUCGAUCAGAUGUGGUUACCCGUUAUCCGAACCUGGCGCCUGAAUGAAAGGCACUACGGGGCUCUCACUGGCUUGAAUAAGGCCGAGACGGCAGCAAAGCAUGGUGAGGCACAGGUGAAGAUCUGGAGGCGCUCGUACGACAUCCCUCCGCCACCCAUGCAGUCCGAUCACCCCUUCUACAGCACCAUCAGCAAGGACCGUCGCUACGCUGACCUGACAGAGGACCAGCUGCCGACAUGCGAGAGCCUGAAGGACACCAUCGCUCGGGCUCUGCCUUUCUGGAAUGAGGAAAUCGUCCCACAGAUCAAAGAGGGAAAGCGAGUCCUCAUUGCUGCCCAUGGCAAUAGCCUUCGUGGGAUCGUCAAGCACCUGGAAGGCAUGUCGGAAGAGGCCAUCAUGGAGCUGAACUAG